AAAUGUGCCCCUGCGUUGCAAACUAUUGACUAAAAUUAGAAUACCCUCUGCAAGUUUAUUAAAACGGACUCCUUUGGUCACACUACUGAAGCAGUGCUGCCCAUGCCUUGCUCCACAUAGAAAAGGCGCGCAAUUCAAAUUACAUUUCCAGCCGACGUUGCUGGUAAAGUCUAACUUGGACAAUCGCAAAUUUAUAAAUUGUUAUCUGUGUGCAGUUCAAAGUGCCCAAGUUGUCGGUUGCAAAUGCACAGCUGAAAAAGUCACCAGCGUACAAUUGUGGCACUGAUAAGCACCAGAUUCCAGAUUUAUGCGUUUCAGUUUCUGCACAUUCUGAAACCAAAGAUGAUUAAAUAUUUGAUACAGAAUAGGUCGAGCGAACGUUUUGGAAAUGACGCGCGACGGAUCAGCGAGGCUUAUCAAAUUGGCACUUUGCUGGUGUUUCCGAGAGCGCAAAUUCCGAGUGACAAGUGGACAAACAAAUAGGCUGCCGUAAAUAAACAAGCGGGGAAAAAUUUGACUGAGUUGCAAAAACUUUUGUAUUGGUCUUUCUUUAUCUUAUUAUUUUUUGCUGCGCCCGAACCGGUUGGCGCAAACAUAUUUGAAUAUCUUGCCUGCCUGAAAUCCUUAUAAAUCAAGAGUUUCGGAAACCGGUUCGUUUUAAACGGUUCCAUAAUACGCGCGCUGCAAAAAGAAAACAGAAAUAAGAAACAAGAAAUUUAUAGAGUACGCUUCCUCCAAAUAGUUUGCCUACGUACGUAGGUUGGCUCUCGUUUUGUGAUACGACGAAGUGAGUGUGUAACUCGGCUCGUUUUUGCCCGAGUCUGUGUGAGCGGACAACCACCGAAAGCGGUCUGCUGUAUUUUUGUUAUUUCCCUAACGACGCUCCAAGCGAACGGAACAGUCGAGCAGCAGUGGAGAGACUGUAUAGAAAUUCGAGAGAAAAGAAAUAAAAGGAGCCAGCCCCCCCCCAGCAGUUCGAAAAAGCACGCGCGUCAUCGUAAAAACGUGCUACGAAAUCCAAGAAAACCAACCUAAUAUUGGCGAAAUUAUAUAAAACCGACAAGCCCUUACCAUGACCGAUGUCAGUGCCAAUAGUCUCGAUGUAUCGGUGGAUGUGGUUUGGCCCACCAUUAUAGUCCUGGCCAUGCUGGUGAUAAACGGCUUUGUUUUCGCCUACAUCAUGCGAAAGCGGCGAGAGUACAAGAACCAGGAGGAACAACCUGUUCCACACCCAUCAUACGCGGCCACCAGUGCAGUGGCCACUGCACCCACGGAUCAGGAGGACGAUAGCUGUGCCAUCGAGAUGGAGCGACUGUAGGACUAACCGCACUAGUAGUAGCUAUAGCUCUCUGAUACUCACCCAUCGUCCAAGCUCACAACUGCAACGAAGUUUCCUAAGUUCUCCGGAUGCCAGGCAAAAAUUUGCUUACUCUAGAGAUAGAAAUACAAAAACGUAUACGCCGAGUGCCUGGAUCGCACGUGCAUUUAAUUACGGUCUUUAAGUUGUUAAAUCUAUUUUGCCAUUCAUUUUCUACAAAAGUAUAUAAUAAAACGUGUGAAUUUUAUCAUGCCAUAUCGAAAACCCAAA